AUGUCCUUAGUCACUUUGGUCGGCUACCCAGCCUCAGGAAAAUCUUCCCGAGCAGCUCAACUAGUUGCCAGUAUCUCCAAGCUUUUGCCACCCCAUUUGUCCGCCGUUGUUGUCUCCGAUGAAACUCUCAACAUCGCACCCUCUGCUUACGAUGACAGCAGGACUGAAAAACCGGCCCGAGCAGCCCUCUUCACGGCAGUUCAACGAAUGCUCUCGCCUACUACUGUUCUCAUUGUCGACGCACCAAACUACAUCAAGGGCUUUCGCUAUCAGCUCUACUGCGCAGCCAGGGAAAUGAAACUCCGGGUGUGUACGAUCUAUGUGGUUGCUACCCCAGACCUUUGCCACAAGUGGAAUGACGCUCGUACCGAUGGUCGGGCUUAUUCAACAGCAACACUCGAAAACCUCAUUGUCCGGUUUGAAGAGCCAUCCUCAAUGGUUCGAUGGGAUUCCCCACUUUUUACAGUGCCUUGGAACGAAGAACUACCGACAUCUGAUAUUGCCCAAGCUAUCCUAAGUGGGUCUGUCAAACCACCCAAUUCGGGCACUAUUGCGGCUGUAAAAGCCCCCACCGACGCCUUGCAUGUUAUUGAACAGAUCGCGACUGCCACCGUUGACGCCAUAAUCAGCGCUCAAGCUGAGACACAAGGCAGUGGCGGCCUCGUUACUCUCCCGAUAUCGAGUGAACUGAAACUACCCAUUUCUUUGCCCCCGCGGAACCUAACCCUAUCGGAGCUUCAACGUCUCAAGCGUCAGUUCGUUACCGUUCACAAGAAAGCCGUUACUCUGGGAACCACCGAAAAAGGCGCCGUAGACUGGACUGAACAGAGUGUAGCCCAUAAAUUUGUGACGUAUCUCGAAGAAUAUCUAAGGUCAUAG